GGUGUAACAUGAAAACAUGAGUGAUCUAUCAGUUUUUUAUUUUUGCUUUCUUUUUCUAAAGUGGAUUUCUGGAUCAGUGUUUCAAUAGAUGGCUUGUGUGAAAAUUUACUUGUGUUCCAACCCUCAUGACUCUGUCACAGAAAGGAAGGUUCUAAGAGAGCAUGUGUUCCCUAAAAUAAGGGACUACUGCAGACGUACACAUGGAGUAGACUUCAGGUUUAUUGACCCUUUUGAAACGCCAAAGCCAAAUCAGUGGCCAACACAGCAGGUGCGAUUCCAGUUAAUUGAGGAGUGUCGGCAGAAUUCGCUGGGCCCUUUCUUUGUGAGCUUGGUGGGAGAAGAGUAUGGAGAUGCAUGUUUACCAGAGCAAGUGGAGCUUACUGAGUUCCUCACAGUGUUGCGGGUUUGCCAGGAGAUGGGAUUCAGCUCUGAAGUCCUAGAGAAAUGCUACAGAAGGGAUGAGAACACCAUACCACCAUCAUUCUGCCUGCUCAGUCAACAUGAGUGUCAUAAAUAUAAUUCCCAACCAGGACAAAAAACUGACAAGAAUGCUUGGGAUGAUACAUGUACAAAAGGGAGGAAGAUCUUAAAUGAUGUUAUCACUCAAUGUAUUCUAGAGGGCUGUAUUGACCAAGAAAAUGCUCAGAAAUAUUUUAGGUCAGGGCUUGAGAACGACCUCCGUUUUGCACUGGAUGGCCAAUCUGGUACUGAUAUCAGAAGGUGUCUUUGUUAUGUUUAUAAAACUGGUAAAAAGACUGGCCAGAGGAAGAAAGAAAAUAAAGUACAUUCAGAGCACCAAGAUCAAUUGUUCCGAUUGUCACAGCUCUGUGAUAAUUUCCUACCAAGCCUGGUUAGAACCCAGGAGGCCCUGAUAUACAUCAGCACUAACAAUAAGAACAAUGUGUGUGACGAUAAACAGUGCUAUGCUGAAGAGCUAAGCCACCAGCUUUAUUCAGAUCUUAUAGGUUUUCUAGACCGAUCUAUUGCGAAAGAGAGAGAUCAAGUCCAUGAUUCAUUAAUCCAGCAGAGAAACCUGUGUCACAUCCUUUCCACUCUAUACAGAAUUGAGCGUGCAGAAGUCAGCCACAUAAGAACUUACUUGGAGCAAGACACAAAAUAUCCAUUUAUUCUUAUUGGAGGGCCUUGUACAGGCAAAAGUGUACUUUUGGCUCACUGUGCAAGUCAGAUUCAAACAUGGAUGAAGGACCAGAACCCUGUGGUUAUUAUACACUUUGUGGAUUUUAAUAGCUCUUUGAAACAAAUUCUCAGUGGCAUAUGCCAGCAAAUUGCUUUAUGCCAUAGUCAGCAAUAUAACACCUGUCUCAAAAACAUCUUUCAAUUGAAAGAAACUUUCAACAACCUCCUAAACAUAAGUUCACAGUCUCCAAAUCAUCUAAUUCUCAUUAUAGAUGGGCUUGACCAAAUGUCUGAUACACACAGACCACUGGACUUAACCUGGCUUCCCAAGAAAUUACCUUCUAAUGUCAAGCUCCUAAUCUCAUCCACACCAACAAAGUCUGGGUUUCUCUCUGCUAUAAAGACAUAUUACCCAGAAUCCUCACUGUUUUUUGAUUUACAACCAGUAAACAGCAAGACCUGCAGCCAGAUGCUAACAACUCUCCUUUCAGCAUGUAACAGAAAGAUAACAUCAGGCCAACAGAUGUAUGUAAAUCAAGCUUUUAAAAAAUGCUCUCUCCCAUUGUACGUGGAGCUUCUCUACAGACAGGUGUGUUACUGGAGUUCAGAUUUAGAAAUCACAUCUGACACACUGGUCCCAGGGAUUCACAUAAAUAUUGGUAGGUUUUUAGACUACCUUGAGGAAAAGCAUGGAAAAGUAGUAGUUGCCAGAAGUCUAGGAUAUCUCACCUUGUCCAGGUUUGGUUUGACAGCGGCUGAACUGACGGAUAUUCUGUCUUGUGAUGAUGAGGUUCUACUAUCAUUCCUCCCAGCAGAGGACUAUGCACCAUAUAAGUUAAGAGUCCCAGAGGUUGUGGUAGAGAGGUUGCUGUUAGACCUGAGGGGGUUUCUGAAAUCACAAAACAUACUGGGCACACAAACUCUGUUCUGGGUCAGCAGACACUUUACCUUAGUCAUCCAUAAGAGGUACCUUGGCUUAGACAAUCAUCAGAAAAUGCAUUCUUUGAUGGCAAACUAUUUUAGUGGCCGGUGGGCAUGUGGCACAGCUAAGCCAUUGCUCACUUCUGCAAGUCCUAGCCAAAAUGACAUGCCAAAGAAGAUUCAUGCUGACAGGCAAGUUCCUGGUCAACCUUGGACAUUUCAGUCAUUCAUGUCCAUUGUGACUAGAUCUGGUUCACAUCCCAAUCUAAGGAAAUUGCAGGAAUUGCCUUUCCACUUACUGCAGAGUGGAAAUAUUGAGGAACUUGUUAGAGUGAUGAUGUCCCAAGAAUUCCUGAAUACAAUGUUCUGUACAGUGUUUGUAGAUGAGUUGGUAUUCUGGCUAGAGAAGACAUCUCAAAUUGUGUUUUCCAGGGAACUCAGGCUCCUAAUUUCUAUACUGAAAAGUUCAACCUGUUUGCUAAAAAACUGCUCUGCAGACUUGGCUUUGGUAAUGCAGGCCAAGCUCUUCCCCUUCUUCAGGGUUCUUCCUAAAUUAAAGGAAUCUGUCAAUCAGACAGGACAUGAUUUUACAAUGGGAAGUCUUGGGGUGAAUAUAUUAUUAUGUCCCACACCCUCUGUGCCUGCCACACACUGGGCACUGCCAGCAGUGGAAGUAUCUCCAAUUACAAGAGCAGCUGUAUCUCAGUCUGGCUUUGUGGUAGUUAUUCAGAACAGUGGUUCUGCUUGGGUCUGGAAUGGAAGUGAUUCAGAAGGUUACAGAAUCCCCCAGUCCCCUGAACUACAGUUUACAGGUGUCAGAUGUUCUGCAAAUAUAUUUAUUCUCUCCACAGAGAGUGGCAACCUCCUAUCAUUAGACAUGAAUGCUCCAUUGUACCUCCAGCAACUUCAAAUCCAACACACAGAACAACAACCAAAGGACAUUGAGGGUAUGCUGAUAUCCAGUGGCAAGACAUUUAUAUUCUCAAAGGAAAGCAAUUCUGUCAGUGUGUUUGCUGAGGGAAUGGAAAUUGCUCCAAUCUACUGCUCCUAUGGUAUAACAUGCAUGUCUUCUGGUGAUGGUCACAUGAUUUAUUGUGGACAGAAUGAGGGUACUGUCAGUAUAUUUGACUCCCAUAGUGGUAAUCUUUUGGCCUCCUUUAUUUGUUCAUUAGGCACAGCUUUGUAUGAGCUUAUCUGUCACAAGAAUGCAGUGAUAACCUGUAUUGACUGCACAGGAAGUGUGUUUGUAUGGGACCUCAAAAACAUUAACAAACCUGUAUUUAUUACAGUGAGGGUGAGCUCAGACAAGAAAGAGGUGUUAAAUAUAGACCACAUAGAAAGCAACAUUCUCAUCUGUAAAAGACAACAGAUUCAAAUAAUUCAAGGACAUUUGUUAGCUGUUGAAGACCAAUUUAAUGCACCUAGGGGUAAAACAUUUGUGAAAGCAAUUCUGAAUCAUGAUGCACAUUUCGUCCUUGCUUUGAUGGAGAAUUGCCCAUUUCUUUUGGUCUGGAAUUGGGUCUCGGGACAAUGUCUGUUAAACCUUGACAUUGGAAGCAGACAAGCUUUCAAACUUAUAAAGUUCAGGGGUACUUGCCUCACAGCAGUGACAAGCACAGGCAUUGUCAGUUGGGACAUGGAUCUUAUUUCAGUCGCAGCCUCCACUCCAAAAUCUAGUGGGAAAGUGGUGAAAGUCAUCGUGGAACCAGAUGAAGAACACUUUUACACUACAGAUGGGUCUGAGAUGGUGUGGAAGUGGACAGUGUUGGAUGGGAAGAUAGAGGGCCACAUGCUUCACCAUGGUCCUGUACAGAGCUUGACUCUUUCAGCAGACAGUGUUUACAUUGUGACCAUUGCCUCUGGCGAUAUCUAUGUUUGGAACACCAAUACACAUGAGAACAUUCAUCGAAUCCAUGGCAGCCAAGCAUCUCGCAUACUGAUAACUCCAAAACUGAAUUUUGCAGUGUCAUUAUCAGAAACAGGCCCAUCAAAGGUCUGGAAGUUGUGCAGUGGACAUGUGGUCUGUACCAUUCACCAUCAUCUCAGAGAUGCUGUCAUUACUCCAGAAAGUACUUUCCUUCUGGGCAUUAAUAAUGGGGAUCUCCUUGCUGUCAGUCUCUGGUCUGGUUAUAUCAGCAAACGGUUCUCCUGUUCUGAUUUGCCAAAUGUUGCUGCCUUCCACAUGCUGUCAGACUAUCCAGACUAUGUGAUUGUGAUGACCAAUUCAGGAGCUUUGUACUCAUGGAGACUAACUGAAGAGACUGUUUGCCACCAGUUCCAGUUUUCAGAGUGUUUUGAGUAUCCACCAAAGUUCUUUAAGCUUGCAUCAGAUGGCCGUUAUGGCAUUAUUUCUGUAGUUGGAUCCAAGAUAAACAUCUUGGAUGUUUGUCAAGGUAAACUGUGCUCUUUGAAAGCUGAGGGACCAGUCUGCCAACCAUUUGUGGACAUUCUGGGUAAAUAUGCAGUAUAUAUCUGCAGCCCAUCAGUAAGGUGUCAAAAUUACUCUUGUGACCUCCAUACCAAGCAGAGCUUGGUUAUCAUACAGGUAACAGAUGGGAAGACAGUGGGCAAGUUCUACCUAUGUAAGAAUGCUACUGCCCUAACACUCUCUGAAAAGUUGUGUGUGUAUAUUGGCUUUGAGGAUGGUGCUGUUGGAGUGUAUACUAUUAAUGACACAAAAGUAGGUUACACCAAUGCUAAAUGCCAGAGCACUGAACUCAUGUGUCCAUUUGAUGAACCUGCAGUUUGGUUGCCAUUGGCAAACCCUAAUCUUACUUGGGCUGAAUUGCUGUAAAUGUGUUUAACAUUGUGUUUUAUUAACUAUGUUAGAACUACAAGAAAGACAUGUGCCUGUAUUUCAUGUUGUAAUAUUAUC